AUGAAGCCAACGUGUAGAACAAGCUGGAUUUUGCAAGGGAUUCAGCUGUGUGGAUCACAUCCAGAGAGUUUCGAGGAUUAUGGAGUCAGCCGAGAGUACCGCCUUCCUCUCGUCCUGGCCUUCGUCAACAAUGAGAAAGGUGACGGCGUCGAAACUAACGCCAUACUGUCAGCGCUCGUCGACCAAGAGGUGGACUCAUCUUUUGUGAGGACAUUGGCCGGCUGCUACAAGAACUGCUCUGUAACGGUACAACUUUUCCAUCGCCCCUUAACAUAG